AUGCUACAGCAGCCCGGAGGGUUCGUGGCAGUGCUGUAUGGCCUCGCGCUCGUGACUGCGUAUUCGGCUGGCGUCUACUUCCUGUUCCCCUACUACUCCAUCCAGCCGGGCGAGACGCACUUCAACGGACCCGUCCCCAUGACGUGGGCCGACAGCGAGUACCUCCUCUCGCUCAAGGCCGUGGCCCAGCAGAGUACACUAUUGAGCGAUCUCGAGCUGGUCUUGGGCGUGCGAGCCAUCCUGCUGAGCAACGUCACCAGCGACCGCUCCUGUCCGCCCGGCUUCUUCUACAGCGACCACAGACAUGCAGGCCGCGAUGAACCAUGCGAGUAUGUGCAGCUGCACGAAUUCAACUUCCUCGGGUUCGCUCUGGAGUACGACACGCUUGCUCCCGGCUAUCAGGGGCUCACCGAGCGGCCAGAAGAUGUGGAGCUGCUGCCGUUCAACAUCGUUUCGCCGCCGCGGGCCGGCGUGGUCUGGACGCACGACUCCGUGUUCCUGGUGGAACUCCUCCGGUUCGCCGCAAAGGGGAGCUGUCGCACGCUCGACGACUGCCAGGACUUCAUCGCCGACGUGGCACGGAAUCGCGAGGGCCUGCCCUACGUGCCCGGCUCGGUGCAGUGCGUGCGGCCGUCCAUGGCGGGCUUGGGCAACUCGACCCUGUCCGGCUGCGCAGUCGCUCUGCGGCUGGGAACGUCGAAGGAGUGCUUCCCCGAUGACUCGUACGUCAUGCAGUGCGACUUCGCCAUGUUCUUCAACAUAUUUCUGGUGGGCGACAUGUGGAAGUGGGGCACCAUCCUCUUCGUCAGCUCAAUGUUUCUCUGGCGGCUGCAUUUGCAGUACCUGCGCUAUUACUACCUCACCCCGAGCCACCUGUAUCUCGAGGAGGGCGCGACCUACGAUCUGAAAAUGACACUCAUCGGGCAGCAGUUCACCAAGCGGAGCGGGAUCUUCCGCGUCUACGAUGCCUCCUCGGCCAUGCGCGAGGUCAUCUUCCACAUGCCGCUCCGCGUCAGCUUUGGCGAAGAGGACGUGGAGUGCGAAAAGGUCGCGCGAAACCUGCAGCGCACCACCUUCACGCACACGAAGGGCAGCUGCCUGGCCGAGUUCGAAAUCAACUGGGCCGACGACUUCACCUCGGCCUACGUCACCGAGAUUCGCCAGCAGAUCCCCGCGCGUGUCAAGACGCCGUGGAACCUGGUCUUCAUCUUCCCCUUCUUCCUCGUCGGCCUCCUCUUCCGUCGUCCGGCGCCGUCGCAGCUGCUCCGCUACCGGCACUACCUGUGCGUGGUGGCGUUCGUCACCAGCGUGCAGAUGACGUGGCUUAUCGUCGUGGUCUUCGCCUCCCUCUCCUUUUCUUCGCAUGCCAGCUUCUUGCGCUCAUGGGUGUGGGGGUCGAUGGAAGAGAGGCCGUGGGGCUCGCUUGUCCUGUUUCUGGCCUUCCUGCUGUUCGUCUUCAUCUCGCUGCUGGCCCACUUCAUCUGCCUGUCCAUCCUCAGUGAAUUGAAGCCCAAGCCCAAGGAGGACGACUACUACAAUCAUGGCAUGAACGGGUCGACGAACCACCUCCAGCACCACGAGGACACCGACUUUUCCACAAUCGAGUUCGUGCCGCUGAUGAGCUCCACCACGCUGGCCUCGUCCUCGUCCGCCACUACGACGUCGCCCACGCCGCCGCCCUCGGCCAAGGCGCGCCUGUUCGCCUCCACCGACGACUACCACUUCACGCCCGAGUCUUCGCCCAACGCGUCGCCCGUACCGCUGCGCCGGGCCAGCACGACCGCCUCCGUCGGCGCGCUCGAACCGCCCAUCGCCCUCUGA